AUUUAUCUAAAACUUGUGCCGGAUUAAUUUCUUGUUUUCGCCGGUGACGGAUGGCUGAAAGGGGUGCCACACUGCUCACGCCGCCGCCGCCGGCGGCGGCGGACCCAGUUGGAUCGGAGAAGUGGGUGGUGAUGGCACAUACGGAUGUUGUUUUAGUGUGUCUUAUCUGUGGGUUCUUGGUAAUGGGCUGCGUCGUUAUCUACUUCCACCAAUGCGCCCACCACCUGCUCGCUAGGGACUUCGCCGGCGACAGAAUCGUCCGGCAGCGGCGCGGACUAGACUCGGAUGUCAUUGACGCCUUUCCGAGGUUUCGCUACUCCGAUGUGAAGGCGGCGCUCAUGAUAGGUAACGGCGCGCUGGAAUGCGCCGUGUGUUUGAACGAGUUCGACGACGGCGAGGAGAAGCUCCGGCAGCUCCCUAGAUGCUGCCAUGUCUUCCACACUCACUGCAUCGACGCGUGGCUGGCGGCGCACGUCACCUGCCCCGUCUGCCGGGCGAACCUUAUCCCUGUCUCCGCCGCCGAGUUCCACGGGGAUUCCGUACCGAGUCACGACCCGGUAUCCGAUGAAGUUAUUGUAACUUGAAUUCUAUUAGAUUUAGUCUCAAAUCUUACUCCUUCAAAUUUAUGUAGCGGGUAUUAAUAAGUCAUUUUUUUCAUGUGUCCACAUCAAAAUGUAAAAGUUAUGAGUAAAGAAAUGUGCAGAUUAUCUUAU